AUGGUAUAUUAUUGUUCGAAGGAACAUCAAAAAUUAGAUUGGAAGAAGAGUCACAAGGUUGAAUGUAAACCAUAUAAAGUCCAAUAUUCAGAUUCCUAUGGCAGAUUCAUGAUUGCAACUAGAGAUAUAAAGCAAGGAGAAGUGAUCUUAAAAGAAAAACCAGCGGUCAUCGGACCUAGAAUGUAUUACAAAGUACAGUGUCUAUCUUGCGGAAGACAAUUAGAACCUAUACAAAACCUCGAUGGAAACAUGGAUUUUAUAAGAUGUUCUUCUUGUAACUGGCCAGUAUGUGGUCUUGAUUGUGAAAAAGCUGAAGUUCAUAGAGAAGAAUGUAAAAUAAUGGUUCAGAGUCAUUACAAAUGCGACAUAAAAUAUGAAUGUCCUGAUAAAUCACAAGCAGCCUACUGCGUUAUAGCACCGUUGAGAGUGCUAUUAAUGAAGGAUUCAAAUCCUCGUAUGUUUGAAAGUAUAAUGAAUUUAGAGUCUCACGUUGAUCAAAGAAUAAAUACCCCUAUAUAUCAGGUAUUAAAACCUAAUUUAAUUAUGUUUAUUAAACAAGUGCUUGGGAUGAAUUUUGAUGAUAAAAUAAUUUUGGAAAUAUCCGCCAUAUUAGAUACUAAUUCUUUUGACGUGAGAAGUGCAGAUAAAACUAAGAGAUUACGAGCAAUAUAUCUAUUAGCUUCAAUGAUGAAUCACAGCUGCAGGCCUAAUACCCGACAUAUAUACUUAGGUGAAGACAACAGUUUAGCUCUAAUAGCGACAGUCCAAAUUGCAAAAGGCGAAGAAAUUACAGCUACUUACACUCAGACAUUGUGGGGUACAUUGGAUAGAAGAAAGUUUUUAAAGUCUAAUAAAUACUUUGAUUGUAAAUGUGAGAGAUGUGCUGAUCCCACUGAAUUUGGCACGUAUUUAGGGAAUAUUUAUUGUACAAUGUGCAAUAAUACGAAUGCUGAUGAUAGUAGGAAAGGAUCUAUGUUAGUAUCUACUAACCCUCUAGACGAAACAGCGCUGUGGAAAUGUGAAAAAUGCGGAUAUUUUAUUCAAGGGAGACAAAUGGUUUGGGGAAAUAAGGCAUUAAAAGAAGAAUUAAGUUCAUUAAAUAAAACAGGGCCUAAAGAUUUUGAAAACUUCAUUGAUAAAUAUAAGUUAACACUUCACCCAAGGAAUCAUUUAUUGAUUCAAGCUAAACUGGCGCUAAUGGAGAUAUAUGGAAACUACAAAGGCUAUUCUUUGAAUGAACUUCCAGAAAAUUUGCUUCAGCGGAAAAUAGAUAUCUGCCAUGAACUCUUAGAAGUCGCUGACAAGCUGGAUCCUGGCUGGUCCAGAUUUCGUGGAACUAUAUUGUUGGAAUUAGAAGCUGCGAUGACCAUAAAAAUAAAAAAAGAAUUUGAAGCAGACAUGUUGACCAAAACGGAAGCACAGGACCAAUUGAUAGAAAAUAUGGUUUUACUUGAAGAAGCUACAAAUAUAUUAAAAAUAGAACCUCACAUGAAUGAGGCUCUUAAAGCAAAACUACAAGAACGUUUGUCAAUUUUGGAUGACACGAAGUCAAAGUCCUAA